AACUGGAAAGCCAGCAGCUCCGAGCCGGGUUCCGUGCGGAUAUUAUUCUUUCAGAAGGCAAUUUCACCCCAGAUUCGAUAUUGUCCUGCGAUCUGCCGCUGAACAGCAUCCUUCAUCAUGACGGUUCCAAGUAAAACCGAGGUGGCCAUGCAGAACCUGAUAGAAGUUUUCCAUCAUUUUGCCAAAAAUGAUAAACACACCCUGAACAAACCCCAGAUGAAACAGUUCAUGGAAGCAGAGCUCAGUGGGCUGUGUAAGAAUCAGAAGAACAUUGAAUCUUUUGACAAAAUGAUGAAAGAUCUAGAUUUUGACGGUGAUGGGCAACUGAAUUUUGAAGAGUUUGUGUCGUUCGUUGCUGGUGUGAUGUUUUCCUGUAAUGAAAUUUAUGUCAAAAGGAGGGAGCAACAAGCAAAAGGAGGAACCUGCCAAGUCACAAAAUGAACAGUGACUGGUUCCUAAACCAUGUGACAAUAUGUGAGAAUGAUCAGCUUACAAUCCAAGCAGCAUCCUUGCUUGCUUCUCAUCUUUUUGUAAAAUACAAAUUAAUGAAAUAAAAAUGGUUCAACCAA